AUGGCCAUUACCACAGACGACAUAGAGACAAAAGAGGUGCCUAACUUCAGGCUUUCGGAAACGGUGUUCCUUGCGCAACACCAGCAAGAGCACCCGGGAAAUGAGAAGCUCAUUGGGGAGAUUCUAGAAACGAUCCGCAAGGACAGCAUGGGGCCAUAUUACCAUUACCUCUACUAUGAACUCAAGCUUCCGGGCUUUGAGUGGGACCAGUCACUUUACGACUCGCUUGUAGCAGAAAGCUCCAAGCAUAUCGCAGAGAUUACGGCUGAGAUUGAGAAGCUUGAUAAAGAAGACGAGUCUGAGAUGGAUAUCUUGAAGAAAUGGACCGAGUUGGGCGAGUACUAUGCGACAAUUGGAGACAAGACCAAGGCAGAGAGCACGUUGCUCAAGACAAUUGAGCUUGCGCCAAGUACAGGGUCGAAGAUCGACUUGUACUUGAUGAUAUCCAGAGUCGGGUUCUUCUACAAUGAUGCCGUUUUUGUGAAGACAUAUCUUGACAAGUCGAAUGCGCUAAUUGAAAAAGGCGGUGACUGGGAAAGAAGAAACAGAUACAAGACCUACAACGGGAUUUACUUGAUGUCUAUCCGGAACUUUGCUGAAGCAUCCAAGUUGCUCAACGACUCGUUGUCCACCUUCACAUCUACAGAAUUGACUACGUACCAGGACGUUGCCAAAUAUGCGCUAGUUUGUGGCGCAAUCAUUUUUGAAAGACCGGACCUGAAACACAAAUUGAUUGAAAACCCCGAAAUUUUGGCCAUAAACUCAACCACUGACGAGUUGCUUCCUAUUUACAAUUUAAUUAAAUCGAUCUACUUGACCGAGUACGAAAAAUUUUUCCCUGCUCUGCUUGAAACCAACGACAAGGUUUUGCUCACAAACAAGUACCUCUAUGCACAUGCAAACUACUACUUGCGAGAAAUUCGCUGUCGUGCUUACUCGCAGUUGCUGGAGAGUUACAGGUCGCUUUCUUUGAAGUCAAUGGCGGCAUCGUUUGGCGUUAGUGUUGAGUUUUUGGAUAAUGAUCUCUGCAAGUUCAUAACUAGCAAGAAGCUCAACUGUGUCAUUGACCGUGUCGGAGGAAUCGUGCAAACGAGCCGUUCCGACAGCAAGAAUGCGCAGUACCACACUUUAAUCAAGACGGGAGAUGCCUUGUUGACCAAGUUACAGAAAUACGGUGCAGCAGUGCGUAUGAGUGGAGCAGAAAAGGUAUAG